CAAAAUGCGAAGACAAAUAGAGGCAAUUGAAGAUAUGCCAGAAUUGUUGUUUAUUCAAAAUUUUAGGCUCAAUAAAAAGACGUUCGCAAAAUUGUGUAAUGAUUUAAGGCGUCAUGCUGGAUUGAAAGGUUCCCCUGAAAUUCCUGUAAAAAUAAAGGUGCUAUGUGCUAUUAGCUUUUUAGCUACUGGGUCAUACCAAAAAAUUGUGGGUGUGGAUGAGUAUUUGACCCAGCGUACGACAAGUCGCUGCAUUAGGGAAGUUGUGAACGCUCUUAAUCACAGUUGGAUGGUUAGCAGGUGGAUAAUGAUUCCACAAACACCAAAUGAGAGGUCUUUAAUCAAAGAGAAAUUUCAAAGGACUCAUAAUUUGCCUGGAGUGGGUGCAUUGACUGUACCCAUAUUGCUAUCACAAGACCAGUUGAUGAUGAACAUAUGA